GACUGUACCUUUAUUGAUUAACGACUCUAAUAUAUUGUUCGAAGGGAAUAAAAUAGGAAAUGUAACAAUAGAAGAAAUAAUUCAGAAACUGUCCUCCCAUCCUUGGGAAAUCCAUUGCCAUGCCAACCCCAGAUUAUAUGAUUCCAGCAGUUCUUCUGGAGCCAUUUAGUGGAAUUACAAUGCCUAACAUCAUAGAAAUCAUCAGCAUUGGCUGCCAGGGGGCCAUGAUAUUUGGCGGAGUGAUUCCAUUCAUACCACAGUACUUAGACAUAAAGAAGUCAGGAAAUGCUGACGGAUUCUCCACAUUUGUUUGCCUUAACCUCCUCAUUGCCAACAUUCUCCGAAUUUUGUUUUGGUUUGGUCGUCAUUUUGAGUUGCCUUUGUUAGCCCAGAGCAUCAUUAUGGUGUUUACUAUGUUAGCUUUGACCGAGCUGUGUGUCCGAGUCAAACACAAAGGAGAGCUCAUAGCUUCUAAAGAGCAUAAGUUCACCGAUUCAUUUUCUGCUCAUCCAAAUAAUGGUGAAGUAAGUCCACGAUUAAAUCGUACUGUCAUACCUGUGAGAACAUUUCUUGAUUUUGACAGAGGCCACUUCUGGAAAUGGACUUACUUUAGCAGCUAUCUGCAGUUCACAGUAGCCUUUACAGCUGUAGUGGGACUACUAACAUGGAUAUUUCUAGACAAUGUGUACUUUGUAGAGACAAUUGGCUUCCUUGCCGUAUUUGCUGAAGCAAUGUUAGGUGCUCCCCAAUUCUACAGGAACUUCGUAAACAAGUCUACACAUGGUAUGAGUAAAAAGAUGGUAGCUAUGUGGACCUGUGGAGAUUGCUUUAAGACAGGAUAUUUCAUCGUCCGUCAAGCUCCAGCCCAAUUCUGGAUCUGUGGGAUGUUACAAGUGGGAAUUGACAUUUCCAUCUUCUUACAGGUCUACUGUUACAGGAACAAGGCAGCCAUUAGUUGACGGGAAUAAAACUUUAGGAUGCUUUAUCACAAUGAAUCCAUGUAUCACAAGUGAACAAUCAUAUGACUC